AUGGCGCGCUCUGACCACGCCGUCAACGACUCAGAUGGCUUCCGCAUCUCCAGACCAUUCAUUACCAUCACUGACUCAGAUGGCUCCCGCGUUUCUAUACGAGUCUUUCCUUUCCCCGUUCCGAUGGACCAACUUGUACCUGUAUGGGAGGUGUUCCCGCCAGAGCCUGCUCCAGAGCCUUCUCCUGAGCCUCCUUCUUUCGACUACGAGAAUGCUUCUUUCGAUGAGCUCUGGGCCCAGCUCCUCAAGGAAGGGGCAGAGGAAGAUGCCAAGCUCAGACAGGAGGCUGAAGUCAAAAUCAAGUCAAAGCUUUGA